CCAUCUCUCUCCUUCCUUUCUUUAAAUUCUCAAGACCCAAUAUCGAUUUCUCCGUCGUUGAGGCCAUGGACGUCUCAAAAAAGCUCCAGCAACUGAAAUUCCAUUUCCUUGUCUCUGCCAUUUUCUCUCUCCUCUUCCUCUUCCUUCUCUACCAUUCUCCUAGCUUUGUGACCAUCCUCUCCUACUUCUGGCCUCUCCUCCUCUCCACCGCCGUCUUCCUGACGUCUGUCACCGUCCUCGGCCAGAUCUCUCCACCGGAGUCCGAAACAUCAGGUCGAAAAGCCGGCGAGGAGCUGAUUGGUUUCGUUGCAGGACAACCACGUGGAGGAGAAGCUGAUUACUAGGAGAAGCAGCACC